UCAUUUAUAAUCCAACUUUCAUAAUAUUCAUUUAUAUAUAACUAUCUUAUCUUCAACAGAAACUAUGCGGGUGUUUUACGCUGCUCUAACUGUUUUUCUGUUUUUUUCAAGAUUUCGCGCUGAAGUCAAUGAUCGAUACUAUCCACGAUAUCAUUUGGCACCUCCUCGGGGAUGGAUGAAUGACCCGAACGGUUUUUGUCAAUUUAAAAAUGAAUACCAUCUAUUUUAUCAACACAACCCUGAUAGUAGUUUGGCCCCAGGGAGUAUUCAUUGGGGACAUGCAAAGAGCAAUGAUCUUUUCCACUGGGAACAUCUUCCUAUAGCUAUGGAUCCUGACCAAGACUACGAUCGAUCUGGAGUAUUUUCUGGCAGUGCUAUUGUUGAAAAUGAAACAAUGUAUUUAUUCUACACAGGACAUGUAAAUCAUCCUGGACAAUCACCUGACCAUGAGGAGCACCAGUGCCUAGCUACUAGCACAGAUGGAAUUACUGUAACUAAAUACCCAAAUAAUCCAGUUUUAAUUGGCGCAGAACAUCAACCUGAUAUUAGAGACCCAAAAGUAUGGAAACAUCUUGAUACUUACUACAUGGUACUAGGUAAUUCUUUUAACAAUACUACUCUUGGUCGUGUUCUUUUGUACACUUCGAAGGAUAAAAUUACAUGGAAUGAGGUAUCGAUUAUUGAUGAAUCCGAUGGUUAUCUCGGGUAUAUGUGGGAAUGUCCAGAUUUCUUUGAGCUAGACGGACAUUUUAUUUUACUAUUUUCACCUCAAGGAGUGAAACCUGAAGGUGACAAAUACAGAAACCUUUAUCAAACUGGAUACAUAGUUGGAGAUUUUGAUUAUUCAACAAAUACUUUCAAGCCAAUGGCUAAGUUCCAAGAAUUGGACCACGGACAUGAUUUUUACGCAACUCAGACUGUUAUCGAUGACUUAGGACGUAGAAUAGUAAUCGCUUGGUUCGAUAUGUGGGACCAAAAUUAUCCUGAACAACUUGACGGUUUUAAUGGACAGAUGACAAUACCAAGAGUGUUGUCUCUUUCAAAAGAAGGUCGUAUAAUUCAAAAACCUGUUCGUGAAAUAAAAGCUAUCCGUGGCGAAACAAUUCACAUAGGAAAGUCUGCAGGUGGUACUACGAUUCCACUUGAUGAUAACGCCGCUGAAAUUAGCAUUAUCGCAAGAAGUUCAAAUGGUUUGGACUUAUAUAUCGAAUCACAAAAUUCCUCAAAAUCAAGAGUUCAUAUUAAGUAUGACUCUCAGAAUGGAACAAUAAGUCUUGACCGUGGUGGAAAUGAUGGACUUCGCCGCACAGUAUGGCAACCACAAAGAAACUUGAAAAUUAAAAUUUACAUUGACGCGAGUUCUAUCGAAAUGUUCUGUGGCAAAGGUGAGGUUACUAUCUCUAGCAGGUUCUUUCCUAACGGACCGGUACAAGUUCGUUUAGGUGAGAAAAGCGCAGUUAAACAAAUACGUGUAACCAAAUUGAAUCGUACAGUUUUUGUAAAUAAGAAAUAGCGCUUGCCGAAUAAAAACGCGUGAAUUUAAAACACAAUAUAUCUGUAUUAAAUAAUGUCUGCAAAUAUUUUAAUAUAUGUGUCAUAUCAUAGAAAAAUAUUCGUUUUAUUUAAUUUUGUGUUUAUAUUAUAAAGUAAAAUAAACUAUUCAAUAUCAACAUUGUUAGGAUGUCGAAAAACAAAUAGGAAAAGUGAUCCAUUAAUAUUAUUUUAUUUUGCGUGUGCACUUUCUUUUACGUUGUACAUUUUAUGACUUGAAAACGAGUUAUACAGAAAGUUUAACUAUCAAAUUAUUUUGAAUUAAGGGAUAAUUGUAAUAAUAUACGAGUAACUGAAACACGUGA